AUGGAGACAACUUCCACAGCUCAGAGUACCACUGCAUCUGAAAGCAUAACCUCUCUGACAACCCAGGCUCUGAGCCCUACCCAAGGGACAUCUGUAGCAGCCUCUACUUCCUCAGCGACCAUACCAACAGGUACACAUUCCACUGGCUCCACCUCGACUACCCUCACAGCUCAGAGUACCACUGAAUCUGACAGCACGACAACUCUGAGAACUGAUCCUGUUACUACUUUCCCUGGGACUUUCUCAGCAGGCACACCGUCUCCUGGUUACACUCGGACUAGUCCUAGCUCGCACAGUACCACCAAGUCUGAAAGGCCAAUCACUCUGACUACCCAAGCUCUCACCCCUACCCAAGGAACAUCUGUAGUAGCCUCUACUUCCUCAGGGACGACAGCAACAGCUACACCUUCCCCUGGCUCAACCUCAACUAGCCUCACAGCUCAGGCUGCCACAGAGCCUGAAAGCACAAUAACUGUGAACACCCAGGCUGUCACCCUUCCAGAAAGUACAGCAGCAGCUGCCAAUACUUCCCCAGGGACUUCACAAACGUCCACACCUUCCUCUGGUUACAUGGAGACAACUUCCACAGCUCAGAGUACCACUGAGUCUGACAGCACGCCAACUCUGAGAAUGCAACCUGUUACCCCUACUGCAAGUACAGCAGGAGCUUACCCUACUCCCCCAGAGACUUCACCAACAGCCACACCUUCCUCCGCUUACAAUAGGACAACUUCCACAGCUCAGAGCAUGACCGGGUCUGAAAUGACAACCUCUCUGACAACCCUAGCUCUCACCCCUACCCAAAGCACAUCUGUGGCAGCCACUAUUUCUUCAGGGAUCACAGCAACAGCUACACGUUCCCCGGGCUCCACAUUGACUACCUUCACAGCUCAGAGUAACACAGACUCUGAAAGCACAACUCUGACCACCCAGGCUAUGACCCUUUCCGAAAGCACAACAUCGGCUGCCACUACUUUAACAGGGACUUCAACAACAGACACACCUUCAUCUGCUAACACUGGGACAACUACCACAGCUCAGAGUACCACGGUAUCAAAAAGCAUAACCACUCAGACAACCCAGGCUCUGACCUCUACCCAAAGGACAUCUGUGGGAGCCUCUACUUCCUCAGAGACCACAGCAACAGCUACACCUUCCCCUGGCUCCACCUUGACUACCCUCACAAUUCACAGUACCACACAGUCUGAAAGCACAACAACUGGGACUAUCCAGGGUGUCACCACUACGAAAAGAACAACAGCAACUGCCACGACUUUAUCGGAAACCUCACCAAUGACCUCACCUUCCCCAAGCUUCUCUACAAACAGCCCCACACCUCAGAGUACCACCCACUCUGACAGCAUGACACCUGUAAGCACCCUGCCUGUUACCCCCACUGAAAGUACAACAGCAGCUGCCACUACUUUCCCAGGGACUUCAGCAACACAAACACCUUCCUCUGCUUAUACUGGGACAACUUCCACAACUUCCACAGCUCAGGGUAUGACCGAGUCUAAAAUCACAACCACUCUGACAACGCAGGCUCUUUCCUCUACCCAAGGGACAUCUGUAGCAGCCACUACUUCCUCAGGGACCACAGGAACAGCUACACAUUCACCUAGCUCCACCUCAACAACCCUCACAGCUCAGAGUACCACUGAGUCUGACAGCAUCCCAACUCUGAGAACGCAACCUGUUACCCCUACUGCAAGUACAACAGGAGCUUACACUACUCCCCCAGAGACCACAGCAACAGCUACACCUUCCUCCGCUUACAAUAGGACAACUUCCACAGCUCAGAGCAUGACCGGGUCUGAAAUUACAACCACUCUGACAACCCAGACUCUGAACCCUACCCAAGGAACAUCUGUAGCAGCCACUACUUCCUCAGGGACCACAGCAACAGCUACACCUUCCCCUGGCUCCACCUCGACUACCCUCACAGCUGAGACUACUACUGAGUCUGAAAGCACAGUAACUGUGAACACCCAAGCUGUCACCCUUCCAGAAAGUACAACACCAGCUGCCACUACUGCCCCAGGGCCCUCAACAACGGCCACACCUUCUCAAGACUUCUCCUCAAACAGCCCCACAUCUCAGAGUACCACCGACUCUGACAGCACGACAACUGUGAGAACCCAGGAUGUCACCCUUCCAGAAAGUACAACAGCAGCUGCCAAUACUUCCCCAGGAAUUUCACCAACAACCACACCUUCCUCUGGUUACAUGGAGACAGCUUCCACAGCUCAGAGUACCACUGAGUCUGACAGCACGCCAACUCUGAGAACGCAACCUGUUACCCCUACUGCAAGUACAGCAGGAGCUUACCCUACUCCCCCAGAGAAUUCACCAACAGCCACACCUUCCUCCGCUUACAAUAGGACAACUUCCACAGCUCAGAGCAUGACCGGGUCUGAAAUGACAACCUCUCUGACAACCCUAGCUCUCACCCCUACCCAAAGCAUAUCUGUGGGAGCCACUACUUCCUCAGGGACCACAGCAACAGCUACACCUUCCCCAGGCUCCAUAUUGACUACCUUCACAGCUCAGAGUAACAAAGAGUCUGAAAGCACACUAACUGUGAACACCCAGGCUGUCACCCUUCCAGAAAGUACAGCAGCAGCUGCCAAUACUUCCCCAGGGACUUCACAAACGUCCACACCUUCCUCUGGUUACAUGGAGACAACUUCCACAGCUCAGAGUACCACUGAGUCUGACAGCAUCCCAACUCUGAGAACGCAACCUGUUACCCCUACUGCAAGUACAGCAGGAGCUUACCCUACUCCCCCAGAGACUUCACCAACAGCCACACCUUCCUUCUCUUACAAUAGGACAACUUCCACAGCUCAGAGCAUGACCGGGUCUAAAAUCACAACCUCUCUGACAACCCAGGCUCUCACCCCUACCCAAGGAACAUCUGUGGGAGCCACUACUUCCUCAGGGACCACAGCAACAGCUACACGUUCCCCGGGCUCCAUAUUGACUACCUUCACAGCUCAGAGUAACACAGAGUCUGAAAGCACAACUCUGACCACCCAGGCUAUGACCCUUCCCGAAAGCACUACAUCAGCUGCCACUACUUUAACAGGGACUUCAACAACAGCCACACCUUCAUCUGCUAACACUGGGACAACUUCCACAGCUCAGAGUACCACGGUAUCAGAAAGCAUAACCACUCAGACAACCCAGGCUCUGACCUCUACCCAAGGGACAUCUGUGGGAGCAACUACUUCCUCAGAGACCACAGCAACAGCUACACCUUCCCCUGGCUCCACCUCGACUACCCUCACAGUUCACAGUACCACACAGUCUGAAAGCACAACAACUGGGACCACCCAGGGUGUCACCACUACGAAAAGAACAACAGCAACUGCCACGACUUUAUCGGGAACCUCACCAAUGACCUCACCUUCCCCAAGCUUCUCUACAAACAGCCCCACAACCCAGAGUACCACCCACUCUGACAGCAUGACACCUGUAGGCACUCUGCCUGUUACCCCCACUGAAAGUACAACAGCAGCUGCCACUACUUUCCCAGGGACUUCAGCAACACAAACACCUUCCUCUGCUUACACUGGGAUAACUUCCACAGCUCAGAGCAUGACCGGGUCUGAAAUCACAACCUCUCUGACAACCCAGGCUCUGAGUCCUACCCAAGGGACAUCUGUAGCAGCCACUUCUUCCUCAGGGACCACAGGAACAGCUACACAUUCACCUAGCUCCACCUCAACAACCCUCACAGCUCAGAGUACCACUGAGUCUGACAGCAUCCCAACUCUGAGAACGCAACCUGUUACCCCUACUGCAAGUACAACAGGAGCUUACACUACUCCCCCAGAGACUUCACCAACAGCCACACCUUCCUCCGCUUACAAUAGGACAACUUCCACAGCUCAGAGCAUGACCGGCACUGAAAUUACAACCACUCUGACAACCCAGACUCUGAACCCUACCCAAGGAACAUCUGUAGCAGCCACUACUUCCUCAGGGACCACAGCAACAGCUACACCUUCCCCUGGCUCCACCUCGACUAGCCUCACAGCUGAGACUACUACUGAGUCUGAAAGCACAGUAACUGUGAACACCCAAGCUGUCACCCUUCCAGAAAGUACAACACCAGCUGCCACUACUGCCCCAGGGCCCUCAACAACGGCCACACCUUCUCAAGACUUCUCCUCAAACAGCCCCACAUCUCAGAGUACCACCGACUCUGACAGCACGACAACUGUGAGAACCCAGGAUGUCACCCUUCCAGAAAGUACAACAGCAGCUGCCAAUACUUCCCCAGGAAUUUCACCAACAACCACACCUUCCUCUGGUUACAUGGAGACAACUUCCACAGCUCAGAGUACCACUGCAUCUGAAAGCAUAACCUCUCUGACAACCCAGGCUCUGAGCCCUACCCAAGGGACAUCUGUAGCAGCCUCUACUUCCUCAGCGACCAUACCAACAGGUACACAUUCCACUGGCUCCACCUCGACUACCCUCACAGCUCAGAGUACCACUGAAUCUGACAGCACGACAACUCUGAGAACUGAUCCUGUUACUACUUUCCCUGGGACUUUCUCAGCAGGCACACCGUCUCCUGGUUACACUGGGACUAGUCCUAGCUCGCACAGUACCACCAAGUCUGAAAGGCCAAUCACUCUGACUACCCAAGCUCUCACCCCUACCCAAGGAACAUCUGUAGUAGCCUCUACUUCCUCAGGGACGACAGCAACAUCUACACCUUCCCCUGGCUCAACCUCAACUAGCCUCACAGCUCAGGCUGCCACAGAGCCUGAAAGCACAAUAACUGUGAACACCCAGGCUGUCACCCAUCCAGAAAGUACAGCAGCAGCUGCCAAUACUUCCCCAGGGACUUCACAAACGUCCACACCUUCCUCUGGUUACAUGGAGACAACUUCCACAGCUCAGAGUACCACUGAGUCUGACAGCACGCCAACUCUGAGAACGCAACCUGUUACCCCUACUGCAAGUACAGCAGGAGCUUACCCUACUCCCCCAGAGACUUCACCAACAGCCACACCUUCCUCCUCUUACAAUAGGACAACUUCCACAGCUCAGAGCAUGACCGGGUCUAAAAUCACAACCUCUCUGACAACCCAGGCUCUCACCCCUACCCAAGGAACAUCUGUGGGAGCCACUACUUCCUCAGGGACCACAGCAACAGCUACACGUUCCCCGGGCUCCAUAUUGACUACCUUCACAGCUCAGAGUAACACAGAGUCUGAAAGCACAACUCUGACCACCCAGGCUAUGACCCUUUCCGAAAGAACAACAUCAGCUGCCACUACUUUAACAGGGACUUCAACAACAGCCACACCUUCAUCUGCUAACACUGGGUCAACUUCCACAGCUCAGAGUACCACGGUAUCAGAAAGCAUAACCACUCAGACAACCCAGGCUCUGACCUCUACCCAAGGGACAUCUGUGGGAGCAACUACUUCCUCAGAGACCACAGCAACAGCUACACCUUCCCCUGGCUCCACCUCGACUACCCUCACAGUUCACAGUACCACACAGUCUGAAAGCACAACAACUGGGACCACCCAGGGUGUCACCACUAUGAAAAGAACAACAGCAACUGCCACGACUUUAUCGGGAACCUCACCAAUGACCUCACCUUCCCCAAGCUUCUCUACAAACAGCCCCACAACCCAGAGUACCACCCACUCUGACAGCAUGACACCUGUAGGCACUCUGCCUGUUACCCCCACUGAAAGUACAACAGCAGCUGCCACUACUUUCCCAGGGACUUCAGCAACACAAACACCUUCCUCUGCUUACACUGGGAUAACUUCCACAGCUCAGAGCAUGACCGGGUCUGAAAUCACAACCUCUCUGACAACCCAGGCUCUGAGUCCUACCCAAGGGACAUCUGUAGCAGCCACUUCUUCCUCAGGGACCACAGGAACAGCUACACAUUCACCUAGCUCCACCUCAACAACCCUCACAGCUCAGAGUACCACUGAGUCUGACAGCAUCCCAACUCUGAGAACGCAACCUGUUACCCCUACUGCAAGUACAACAGGAGCUUACACUACUCCCCCAGAGACUUCACCAACAGCCACACCUUCCUCUGCUUACAAUAGGAAAACUUCCACAGCUCAGAGCAUGACCGGGUCUGAAAUCACAACCUCUCUGACAACCCAGGCUCUCACCCCUACCCAAGGAACAUCUGUGGGAGCCACUACUUCCUCAGGGACCACAGCAACAGCUACACGUUCCCCGGGCUCCAUAUUGACUACCUUCACAGCUCAGAGUAACACAGAGUCUGAAAGCACAACUCUGACCACCCAGGCUAUGACCCUUUCCGAAAGCACAACAUCAGCUGCCACUACUUUAACAGGGACUUCAACAACAGCCACACCUUCAUCUGCUAACACUGGGACAACUUCCACAGCUCAGAGUACCACGGUAUCAGAAAGCAUAACCACUCAGACAACCCAGGCUCUGACCUCUACCCAAGGGACAUCUGUGGGAGCAACUACUUCCUCAGAGACCACAGCAACAGCUACACCUUCCCCUGGCUCCACCUCGACUACCCUCACAAUUCACAGUACCACACAGUCUGAAAGCACAACAACUGGGACCACCCAGGGUGUCACCACUACGAAAAGAACAACAGCAACUGCCACGACUUUAUCGGGAACCUCACCAAUGACCUCACCUUCCCCAAGCUUCUCUACAAACAGCCCCACAACCCAGAGUACCACCCACUCUGACAGCAUGACACCUGUAGGCACUCUGCCUGUUACCCCCACUGAAAGUACAACAGCAGCUGCCACUACUUUCCCAGGGACUUCAGCAACACAAACACCUUCCUCUGCUUACACUGGGACAACUUCCACAGCUCAGAGCAUGACCGGGUCUGAAAUCACAACCUCUCUGACAACCCAGGCUCUGAGUCCUACCCAAGGGACAUCUGUAGCAGCCACUUCUUCCUCAGGGACCACAGGAACAGCUACACAUUCACCUAGCUCCACCUCAACAACCCUCACAGCUCAGAGUACCACUGAGUCUGACAGCAUCCCAACUCUGAGAACGCAACCUGUUACCCCUACUGCAAGUACAACAGGAGCUUACACUACUCCCCCAGAGACUUCACCAACAGCCACACCUUCCUCCGCUUACAAUACGACAACUUCCACAGCUCAGAGCAUGACCGGCACUGAAAUUACAACCACUCUGACAGCCCAGGAUCUGACCCCUACCCAAGGGACAUCUGUAGCAGCCACUACUUCCUCAGUUAGCACAGCAACAGCUAUACCGUCCCCUGGCUCCACCUCGACUAGCCUCACCGCUGAGACUACUACUGAGUCUGAAAGCACAGUAACUGUGAACACCCAAGCUGUCACCCUUCCAGAAAGUACAACACCAGCUGCCACUACUGCCCCAGGGCCCUCAACAACGGCCACACCUUCUCAAGACUUCUCCUCAAACAGCCCCACAUCUCAGAGUACCACCCACUCUGACAGCACGACAACUGUGAGAACCCAGGCUGUCACCCUUCCAGAAAGUACAACAGCAGCUGCCAAUACUUCCCCAGGGAUUUCACCAACAACCACACCUUCCUCUGGUUACAUGGAGACAACUUCCACAGCUCAGAGUACCACUGCAUCUGAAAGCAUAACCUCUCUGACAACCCAGGCUCUGAGCCCUACCCAAGGGACAUCUGUAGCAGCCUCUACUUCCUCAGCGACCAUACCAACAGGUACACAUUCCACUGGCUCCACCUCGACUACCCUCACAGCUCAGAGUACCACUGAAUCUGACAGCACGACAACUCUGAGAACUGAUCCUGUUACUACUUUCCCUGGGACUUUCUCAGCAGGCACACCGUCUCCUGGUUACACUCGGACUAGUCCUAGCUCGCACAGUACCACCAAGUCUGAAAGGCCAAUCACUCUGACUACCCAAGCUCUCACCCCUACCCAAGGAACAUCUGUAGUAGCCUCUACUUCCUCAGGGACGACAGCAACAGCUACACCUUCCCCUGGCUCAACCUCAACUAGCCUCACAGCUCAGGCUGCCACAGAGCCUGAAAGCACAAUAACUGUGAACACCCAGGCUGUCACCCUUCCAGAAAGUACAGCAGCAGCUGCCAAUACUUCCCCAGGGACUUCACAAACGUCCACACCUUCCUCUGGUUACAUGGAGACAACUUCCACAGCUCAGAGUACCACUGAGUCUGACAGCACGCCAACUCUGAGAACGCAACCUGUUACCCCUACUGCAAGUACAGCAGGAGCUUACCCUACUCCCCCAGAGACUUCACCAACAGCCACACCUUCCUCCUCUUACAAUAGGACAACUUCCACAGCUCAGAGCAUGACCGGGUCUAAAAUCACAACCUCUCUGACAACCCAGGCUCUCACCCCUACCCAAGGAACAUCUGUGGGAGCCACUACUUCCUCAGGGACCACAGCAACAGCUACACGUUCCCCGGGCUCCAUAUUGACUACCUUCACAGCUCAGAGUAACACAGAGUCUGAAAGCACAACUCUGACCACCCAGGCUAUGACCCUUUCCGAAAGCACAACAUCAGCUGCCACUACUUUAACAGGGACUUCAACAACAGCCACACCUUCAUCUGCUAACACUGGGUCAACUUCCACAGCUCAGAGUACCACGGUAUCAGAAAGCAUAACCACUCAGACAACCCAGGCUCUGACCUCUACCCAAGGGACAUCUGUGGGAGCAACUACUUCCUCAGAGACCACAGCAACAGCUACACCUUCCCCUGGCUCCACCUCGACUACCCUCACAGUUCACAGUACCACACAGUCUGAAAGCACAACAACUGGGACCACCCAGGGUGUCACCACUACGAAAAGAACAACAGCAACUGCCACGACUUUAUCGGGAACCUCACCAAUGACCUCACCUUCCCCAAGCUUCUCUACAAACAGCCCCACAACCCAGAGUACCACCCACUCUGACAGCAUGACACCUGUAGGCACUCUGCCUGUUACCCCCACUGAAAGUACAACAGCAGCUGCCACUACUUUCCCAGGGACUUCAGCAACACAAACACCUUCCUCUGCUUACACUGGGAUAACUUCCACAGCUCAGAGCAUGACCGGGUCUGAAAUCACAACCUCUCUGACAACCCAGGCUCUGAGUCCUACCCAAGGGACAUCUGUAGCAGCCACUUCUUCCUCAGGGACCACAGGAACAGCUACACAUUCACCUAGCUCCACCUCAACAACCCUCACAGCUCAGAGUACCACUGAGUCUGACAGCAUCCCAACUCUGAGAACGCAACCUGUUACCCCUACUGCAAGUACAACAGGAGCUUACACUACUCCCCCAGAGACUUCACCAACAGCCACACCUUCCUCUGCUUACAAUAGGAAAACUUCCACAGCUCAGAGCAUGACCGGGUCUGAAAUCACAACCUCUCUGACAACCCAGGCUCUCACCCCUACCCAAGGAACAUCUGUGGGAGCCACUACUUCCUCAGGGACCACAGCAACAGCUACACGUUCCCCGGGCUCCAUAUUGACUACCUUCACAGCUCAGAGUAACACAGAGUCUGAAAGCACAACUCUGACCACCCAGGCUAUGACCCUUUCCGAAAGCACAACAUCAGCUGCCACUACUUUAACAGGGACUUCAACAACAGCCGCACCUUCAUCUGCUAACACUGGGACAACUUCCACAGCUCAGAGUACCACGGUAUCAGAAAGCAUAACCACUCAGACAACCCAGGCUCUGACCUCUACCCAAGGGACAUCUGUGGGAGCAACUACUUCCUCAGAGACCACAGCAACAGCUACACCUUCCCCUGGCUCCACCUCUACUGCCUUUACAACUCAGAGUACCACAGACUCUGAAAGCACAACAAGUGUGAGCACCCAGGGUGUCACCACUACGAAAAGAACAACAGCAACUGCCACGACUUUAUCGGGAACCUCACCAAUGACCUCACCUUCCCCAAGCUUCUCUACAAACAGCCCCACAACCCAGAGUACCACCCACUCUGACAGCAUGACACCUGUAGGCACUCUGCCUGUUACCCCCACUGAAAGUACAACAGCAGCUGCCACUACUUUCCCAGGGACUUCAGCAACACAAACACCUUCCUCUGCUUACACUGGUACAACUCCAACAGCUCAGAGCAUGACCGGGUCUGAAAUCACAACCUCUCUGACAACCCAGGCUCUGAGUCCUACCCAAGGGACAUCUGUAGCAGCCACUUCUUCCUCAGGGACCACAGGAACAGCUACACAUUCACCUAGCUCCACCUCAACAACCCUCACAGCUCAGAGUACCACUGAGUCUGACAGCAUCCCAACUCUGAGAACGCAACCUGUUACCCCUACUGCAAGUACAACAGGAGCUUACACUACUCCCCCAGAGACUUCACCAACAGCCACACCUUCCUCCGCUUACAAUACGACAACUUCCACAGCUCAGAGCAUGACCGGCACUGAAAUUACAACCACUCUGACAACCCAGACUCUGACCCCUACCCAAGGGACAUCUGUAGCAGCCACUACUUCCUCAGUUACCACAGCAACAGCUAUACCGUCCCCUGGCUCCACCUCGACUAGCCUCACCCCUCAGAGUACCACAGACUCUGAAAGCACAGUAACUGUGAACACCCAAGCUGUCACCCUUCCAGAAAGUACAACACCAGCUGCCACUACUGCCCCAGGGCCCUCAACAACGGCCACACCUUCUCAAGACUUCUCCUCAAACAGCCCCACAUCUCAGAGUACCACCCACUCUGACAGCACGACAACUGUGAGAACCCAGGCUGUCACCCUUCCAGAAAGUACAACAGCAGCUGCCAAUACUUCCCCAGGAAUUUCACCAACAACCACACCUUCCUCUGGUUACAUGGAGACAACUUCCACAGCUCAGAGUACCACUGCAUCUGAAAGCAUAACCUCUCUGACAACCCAGGCUCUGAGCCCUACCCAAGGGACAUCUGUAGCAGCCUCUACUUCCUCAGCGACCAUACCAACAGGUACACAUUCCACUGGCUCCACCUCGACUACCCUCACAGCUCAGAGUACCACUGAAUCUGACAGCACGACAACUCUGAGAACUGAUCCUGUUACUACUUUCCCUGGGACUUUCUCAGCAGGCACACCGUCUCCUGGUUACACUCGGACUAGUCCUAGCUCGCACAGUACCACCAAGUCUGAAAGGCCAAUCACUCUGACUACCCAAGCUCUCACCCCUACCCAAGGAACAUCUGUAGUAGCCUCUACUUCCUCAGGGACGACAGCAACAGCUACACCUUCCCCUGGCUCAACCUCAACUAGCCUCACAGCUCAGGCUGCCACAGAGCCUGAAAGCACAAUAACUGUGAACACCCAGGCUGUCACCCUUCCAGAAAGUACAGCAGCAGCUGCCAAUACUUCCCCAGGGACUUCACAAACGUCCACACCUUCCUCUGGUUACAUGGAGACAACUUCCACAGCUCAGAGUACCACUGAGUCUGACAGCACGCCAACUCUGAGAACGCAACCUGUUACCCCUACUGCAAGUACAGCAGGAGCUUACCCUACUCCCCCAGAGACUUCACCAACAGCCACACCUUCCUCCUCUUACAAUAGGACAACUUCCACAGCUCAGAGCAUGACCGGGUCUGAAAUCACAACCUCUCUGACAACCCAGGCUCUCACCCCUACCCAAGGAACAUCUGUGGGAGCCACUACUUCCUCAGGGACCACAGCAACAGCUACACGUUCCCCGGGCUCCAUAUUGACUACCUUCACAGCUCAGAGUAACACAGAGUCUGAAAGCACAACUCUGACCACCCAGGCUAUGACCCUUUCCCGAAAGCACAACAUCAGCUGCCACUACUUUAACAGGGACUUCAACAACAGCCACACCUUCAUCUGCUAA